AUGCUGCAGAGGUCAACUCUAUGUAAGAAGGCUACUUUGGAGCCCAUGAAAGUUGCGUCCUCAACGAGCCGGAAGUCCAUCAUUCGGACAGCAACUGACGCAGCUGAGCCGUGUCCUCCGCCGUGCAGGCUGGGCGUGUGCAUUGACAACUGGCAGGAAGAGGCAGCCCUGCAGCAGACGUUCCUCGAGACGGGCUCCAUUCGGGGGGCGCCGGGCAAAUUCGAUGGCACCACGCUUCAAAAGGCAACGUACACGGCAGAGGGCAAGUACGGGCCGGGCAUCGUACCCUCCCGAAUAGACAAGGAGCCUAUUCACAACGGGCUGCAUGCGGAUCAGCUGUUCAGCCACUCCCGCGACCCGCGCGAGGCGUCCCUGGUCAGCCUGUCGCAGCUCACCCUGGGGCGGCCCUCCGUGGGGGAUCCCCGUGUGAGCCAGCUGCUGUGGACGGGGUCCAAGCACGUCGACAGCCGAGUGCCCAACGGGCCGCCUACCGGAACGACUGCACCACGCAGUGCCGCAUACCAGGAGAAGCUGCGGAAGGAAGCGACAUACGACAUGUACACAUCUACUGCCAGGGAAGCAACGGAAGCUACAGCUAAUCUUGCAACUGAUGGAGCUUGCAAGCGGCAACUCGCACUGCCGCAAUCAGAAGGUGGGCAAAGGCCGCAGAUCGGGCGGAAAGCAUCGGGCGAGUUCGUAAAGUCCUUGGAAGCUCCUCAUCGCACAGUGGGCCUGCGGACGUGA